UCCAGGUCGACCGUAGCAGAGCUCUGCUGGAAUUUCCUCCUCACAGUGACAUGGAUACCUGGAGAAAAACAACUACGGUCUCAUACAAGAAAUGGAAAAAUCCUGAAAGGAGUGUGGAGGGUUUUGCGGGUCAGAAAGAUGAGGACCAGUGCACAGACAAUGAGAUCUACACUGUAGGGGUAAAUUUCAGGACCAGAAAUGAUCAAAGAAGUCCAGAAAUGACAAAAACUCAAGGGUGACUCUGUUCUCAGAAUUCCUUCCAGUGAAGGCACGGGGCCUGUCCCUCAUGUUGUUACAGGCAUUCUGGUCCGUAGGAGCUGUGUUGGAGCUAAUCCUGGCUCUGUGGAUAAUGCCGACACUUAACUGGAGGUGGCUGCUUGGGGUCUCCACUUUUCCAACUGCGAUCUUUAUUUGCUUCUCCUUUUGGCUGCCUGAAAGCACUCGUUUUGACCUGCUGAGGGGGAAAACUGAUAAAGCCCUGGAAACUUUGAGACGCAUUGCCAAAGAGAAUGGCAAGACGUUGCCUCAGCUGAGGCUAAUCACACAAAAACAGGACACUCGUGGAAGAAUUGCCAGUCUCUUUAAUGUUCAGUAUCGCAAGACGACUCUUCUCUUGUUAUACAUAUGGUCGACCGUAGCAGAGCUCUGCUGGAAUUUCCUCCUCACAGUGACAUGGAUACCUGGAGAAAACCAACUACGGUCUCGUACAAGAGAUGGAAAAAUCCUGAAAGGAGUGUGGAGGGUUUUGCAGGUCAGAAAGAUGAGGACCAGUGCACAGACAAUGAGAUCUACACUGUAGGGGUAAAUUUCGGGACCAGAAUUGAUCAAAGAAGUCCAGAAAUAACAAAAACUCAAGAUGCCAUCACAGUGGAUGAUGCCUUGGAUGCCAUUGGCUUUGGAAAGUUCCACUGGAAACUGUCUUUUCUUACUGGGCUGUCUUGGAUUGCAGAUUCCAUGGAGAUGAUGAUCCUCAGCAUCAUUGGACCACAGCUACACUGUGAGUGGAAGUUGCCUGCCUAUCAGGUGGCCCUCAUAACAUCGGUGGUGUUUUUAGGAAUGGGGAUCAGUGCACCCUUAUGGGGGCAAGUAUUAGAUAAAUAUGGCAGAAAAUAUGGUCUGAGACUUAGUAUGUGCUGGAUUCUGUACUACGGACUGCUGACUUCCUUCUCUCCAGUGUAUGGCUGGCUAUUGUUCCUGCGAGGUUUAGUUGGCUUUGGAAUCGGUGGAACUCCUCAGUCGAUGACUCUGUACUCAGAAUUCCUUCCAGUGAAGGCACGGGGCCUGUCCCUCAUGUUGUUACAGGUAUUCUGGUCCGUAGGAGCUGUGUUGGAGGUAAUCCUGGCUCUGUGGAUAAUGCAGACCCUUAACUGGAGGUGGCUACUUGGAAUCUCCACUUUACCAACUGCGAUCUUUAUUUGCUUCUCCUUUUGGCUGCCUGAAAGCCCUCGUUUUGACCUGCUGAGGGGGAAAACUGAUAAAGCCCUGGAAACUUUGAGACGCAUUGCCAAAGAGAAUGGCAAGACGUUGCCUCAGCUGAGGCUAAUCACACAAAAACAGGACACUCGUGGAAGAAUUGCCAGUCUCUUUAAUGUUCAGUAUCGCAAGACGACUCUUCUCUUGUUAUACAUAUGGUUUGUAAAUGCCUUCUCCUAUUAUGGGAUAAUCCUUCUGACAACUGAGGUCUUCCAAACUGGAAGCAUGUGUGCUACAGGAAAGGGUCCAAAAUUGAACCAAAGCUGCAGUCUACAAUGCAAAUAUUUAACCCCAGCUGAUUACAGAGACCUUCUAUGGGUAACUUUUGCUGAAUUUCCAGGAAUUCUUAUAAGCAUUAUUGCAGUCAAUUACAUUGGCCGGAAAAAAGCCAUGGCACUGUCCUUCUUCAUGUUUGCCUUGUUCAUGUUGCCAUUGUAUGCUUGUAUGGGCAGGGUGGGUGUUACAAUCAUCAUCUUUAUUGCCAGAGCCUUCAUCUCUGGAGGAUUUCAAGCUGCAUUUGUUUACACAUCAGAGGUAUUCCCUAGAGUUAGAGGUGUGGGAAUGGGGAUUUGUACUGCAAUGUCUCGAAUUGGUGCCCUGAUUACACCAUUUGUUGCACAGGUGCUGCUCAGGACCUCCUUGUAUUUCACCUUGUCGGUGUACUGUGGCUCUUGCAUCCUGGCUGGUGCUGUAUGUUUUAUCCUAUCCACUGAAACAUUGGGCAGAGGUCUGCAGGAGUCCAGUACACUCCAAGAAACCAGAGAGCAGGUGAUGUCACAACCACCCUUUCAGCAAAGUAAGCCAGAUGAGAGGCAAACCAAUAAUACCUCACCUAUCUCAAUGACAAAAUGAAUCUUGUGACAAGUGGGGUGAAGGCUCUUUUGUGUGGACUGUACACUGUGCUUAGGCUGUCACACAAGUGGCUCUGUGGCAUAGGAGUUGGACUACCAACUUAUAGGCCAGGGUUUGAUUCAAGGUGUGCACUUUAACGCAACCCGUUUGUAUCCUUCAAUAAAUCAAUUUAUCUACAUCAUCCCAGUCCAUUCAUGCUCUAUACCCGCUUACUCAAUCAAGGGUCAAUUUAAAUUUAUUUCAUUUACACAGCACCAAAUUACAACAAAGCUGCCUCAAGGCGCUUCACACAAGUAAGGUCUAACAUUACCAGCCCCUAGAGCAAGCACACAGGUGACAGUGGUAAGGAAAAACUCCCUCUGAUGAUGUUGAGGAAGACACCUCAAGCAGGCCAGACUCAGAGAGGUGACCCACUGCUUAGGCCAUUCUACCAGUUACAAGGUUUCUACCAAGCUAAAGAACAGUAAAACAGAAAAACCAAAAUAGCAUCAAAAACAAAGUGCAUUACUGAGAUGAUCACACAGUCAUUGGCAUGAGGUCGUCCAGUGCCCUGGGAUGCGAGGCCAGCCUUGAUCCAUCACUUCAUCAUGUAGGAGUACAUUCCAAAAGCACACUGCAUUGUGCUGCAGCAGCUUCAGCCAGGGCAUCUUGUGGUCAGUCAAGAGCCCUGUGGUGCACAGCCAUCAGUCUUGCAUGAUGUCAUCAGUGCUUUGCGCAGAGAGAAAAAGAGCAGAAUCAGUUAGUCGGAAAUACUACACCUAAGGUAUGAGUUCACC